ACAAUGUGAGAGUCAGAUUGCGUUCUCGUGCGUCGCUGUCAGCAGCAGCAAGCCUCACUGGACAUCAACAGCCUCGCUCCUGGAUUUGUUCCUCAGAUGAGACGCGCGUCUACCUGCCGACACUGAACUGUGAGAGCCGCAAAGCGCAUCCGCACACUUCCAGUCUCGUGCUCUUGAAGUGUGUUAAACAGCGCGCCUGAGGGACGGCGCGUCACACACCUUUAAAAGGAAGACUUUUGCAACUUUAUAGUGAGCUCACGUGGUUGAUCCUCUGACAGAAGCGGACUAUUUCUCUGGGAAACUUAACGGCUUCUUUUUUUUAUACAUAUUUUUGUUUUUUCAAACAUGUUCAGCAAGUGCUCUGUUGUGUUAUUACAUGUCCUUGUUCUGGUGCGCGCGCUCUCGGCUCACGAGUGCACGCCGUGUAAUCUCCGCACUUGUCCUGGCAAAGCCCCGCACGGCUGCGAGGCUGGCGGGACACUGGCCAGGGAUCCCUGCGGAUGCUGCGACCAGUGUGCCCGGCUGGAGUGGGAACCCUGCGGCGGACAGGACUGGGCGCACGGCUACUGCGCCCUGGGGCUGACCUGCGCCUCUGUUAACAAAACAGGAGCAGCACAAAUCCCAGAAACUGGAGUAUGUAAAGCGCUCCCUGAGCGCCCAGAGGCCGGCCUGGAGGACGAGCGCUGUCCCCUGAUGACGGGCUGUGAAAGAGCCGGAGGUCAGUGUGUGUGCGAUGCCCUUCACACCUGCCUGGGCUCCUUCACCUACCCGGACCAGGAAACCUGCAUGAAGGCCAGCAAGUCAGAGGGUCGAAGGCACGAGCACCUGGAAAGAAACCGGGAGAAGUAUGUGGGACCAUCCAACCCGGCCUGCAUGUUCUCUGGGUGUAACCUGACCUCCGAGGGCUGUGUGUGUGAGUCUCAGAGCUGCCACCACCACUUCGCCUACAUCAACCGCAGCCAGUGCCAGGAAGCCGCAGAGGAGCUGAGGUGUGCCGGGGUGACGUGUCCUGCUCCGCCAGUGCCCUCCUGCCCUAAGGGGUCUGUCCUGACCAAGAGUUACACGCCCCCUGCUGGUUGCUGCCCCUCCAUACGGCCUCAGUGCACUUGCGACCUCCGGGCCUGCCACAAGCCCCAGUGCCCGAGCGGACAGCGCGCCGUGCCGCUCAGCCAGGCCAGCGGUCAGUCAGGAGACUGCUGCGAUGUCUACGAGUGCCAGAAAGUCUCUCCCAAGUGUGUCCACAAUGGGAAGGAGUUUUCUGAGGGACAGGUGUACCGCAUGGACCCCUGCUGGCUGUGUCAGUGCCGGGGAGGAAUCUCCUUCUGCUCCAAGGCCGAGUGCGCUGAGCUGGACUGUGAAAACUUCUACAUUCCCGAGGGCGAGUGCUGCCCUGUCUGCAUAGAUGUGGAGUUGCUGUCGAUGGAGAGCACGAAGGCCAGUUGCUGGGUGAAUAACAAGCUGCGAGCCCACGAGGAGCAGUGGAAGGAGGACGACUGCACCUUCUGCCAGUGUGUGGAUGGAGAACCACACUGCACGGCCAUGGCCUGCAAGCAGAGCUGUCAAUACCCCGUCAAGAUCCCCGGAGAGUGCUGUCCCUUCUGUGAAGAACCUUCUUACGAAACAGUUAGCCCCCUGCUAUGCCCUCCCCUGGAAAACUGCUCCUUGGCAGGGAAUGACUGCCCCUACGGCUUCCAACAAGACACGAAUGGAUGUCUGCUCUGCCAGUGCCUCAACAAUGACUCCUGCCCUGACCUGGGAAAAUACUGUUCCCUCCAAUGCCCAAUGGGAUACAAGACGGAUGAUUUUGGCUGUGAGGUGUGUGAGUGCAGCAUUCCCGUGCCCAAGUGCCGACCCUUGACCUGCACCAAGACCUGCCCAUAUGGAUAUGUGAGGAACAAGCAUGGCUGUGAGAUGUGUCGCUGCAUCAAGUGUCCUCCCUUCACCUGUGACAAGCACUGCAGCGACGGCUACAGACGGAACAGGAAGGGCUGCUCCAUCUGCAUGUGUAAAGAAAGUGGCCACGCCCCAAGCACCACUGCCCCUGCCCCGAUUCCCAGCUAUUGCCUCACCUCCAAUGGGCACCGCUACGAGGAAGGUGACAGCUGGCACGACGGUUGUCGCGACUGCUACUGCCACUCCGGACGGGAGAUGUGUGUGCUCAUAUCCUGCCCCGUGCCCAGCUGUUCUCAUCCAGUUGUGAGGCCUGACCAGUGUUGUCCUACCUGUGAGGACGAGUCAGGCAGCGGUCAGCUCGAGGGGAUGGACAUGGUGGUGUGCAGAGCACCUGGGGGGGAAUUUUAUGUGGAGGGGGAAACCUGGAACCUGGACGAGUGCACACGGUGCACCUGCAGGAAGGGACGUGUGCUGUGCGACACCGAAGUGUGUCCCCCGGCUCUCUGCCAGACACCGACCCGGAACAAGGACACCUGUUGCCACGUAUGCCCAGAGGAGACGCUGAGCCCCUUGCUGCCCGUGAACAACAGCCAGCAGGAGUACUGCAUCACCAGCGAUGGAGACGUGCUGCUGUCUGGGGACUCCUGGAAGGCCAACGCCUGCACCAGCUGCACCUGCAACAACGGCACCAUUCAGUGUUUCUCUCAGCGCUGUCCGGCUGCCAGCUGCAGGGUGCCCGUCUUACGCAAGGGCCAGUGCUGCCCCCACUGCCUCGAAAUUACGACGUCAGUGCCGGUGAUGGUGUCUACCAAAGCCCCCAAGACGACAGCCACCAUUACGGUGAAGAGUGCGGUGUGGAUCACCACCGUGUCUGUCCCGCCCAUCGGUGCUGAUGCAGAUGAGCCAGCUUCGGGGGACAGUCACCCCAGCCAAAUGGAGAUGGCCGUCAUCUACCAAUCAGCCGCCUGGAUCCUGGCAGGUCUCCUCUUGGCCAUCAUCAUCUUUCUCGCCGUGGCGUUACUCAUCAACAAGAAGAAGAAGUGGGUGCAGAUGUCCUGCUACAGUGCACCCAAGAAGACGGUGAUCCUGAAGAAGCACGUCAACAAGAACUCUGUGAUCUACAUGGAGCCCUCCAAGGAGAACAAAUUUCAGAAUGUGAAGAACGACUGCGGCAUUAUGCAUUUCUCUCCCGAGAUGGGCUCCACGUGUGUGGACAAGAUGACCAUCCCCAGGGCCAAGCUGAGCAUGGGCAACAACUGGAUGGCGCGCUAGCUAAAACUCAGAGCUGUCCGGCCCCUCCCACUCUCUCUCUCUCACUGCUGUAUCCAUGGUGAUGAGUGCAACGGUGCACACAUCCUCGCUGCUUUGUUCCCACCCUUCUGUCUGUGUGAAACUGAGGAUGCUCUGCAGGAGACAAAGCAUGCGACUUCUGUUUCUGUUCAUAUAUGUCCAUAUUCUCUUUUUGGUGGAGCGAGAAAACGGGAGGUGUACGGACGGGUGGACGUAUAAAGGACACAGCCACUCCGGCUCUGCUUUAAAACAGAGAGGGAGGCAGCCGAAGAGGCUCCUCUAAGAAUCAGAAUUUGACUGUGAACAUUAUUAUUAUUGCCUAUUAUUGCCUCAUUUGAAACUGGACCUUUGAGGCAAUAAGAGGAGCAUAAAAAGCUUUAGGACAGGAGUUCGGGCCGUAGUUAAAAGGGGUGUAGAGGACGCUGCCCUGCCCAUGAGUUCAGCAGUGCUUUGUGAAUGUAAUCAUUUUCAUUAGCAGGGAGGCCAAAGGAACUGAUAAUCCAGUUGGAUCAAAUUGGGUUAAGCAACCAAAUCAAGUCAACAGGCUUUAUGAAGACUCCCAGAUCCGACCCCCUGCUUUAGAAUGUGUGGUUUACGUCUUAGUUUUUGUAUAUUUCUACGGUAUUUGUACUAGUUGUCGUGUUCUUCUUGGCCAUCUCUCGUUUUUAGUAUGGGUGUCUCCGUGGGGCCAGAAUGAAACAUUGUGAAAAUGCCAGUCUAAACAUUCCCGCCAACACGCUUCCCAAAUAAUAGCCUCGUUUCUACCUUCAAAUGACCCGCGUCAUUCCAUUCACUAAACUCCACAAAAUGAACCCGACAAACCCCUUCUUUACGAGCGUAUCCAUGCAGUAGCCGAUAGGCUUCAUCUUUGGCCCUUAGGCUUCUCCAGAAGGAAUUAGUUUAAGGGGAGUGAUGUUCAUCCAGGAAGACUGUCGUUUUAUUGACUGCAGUGCUGCCAGACGCUUCAGCUGGACCUAUGAGGAAUGUGAUACCAUGUGUGUGUGUGUAGAGCUACUGUUCACACAGUGUUAGAGAUGAUUAAUAUUGAUUCAUUUUAAAGCCUUAAUACUAUAGCCUUAACGCAUAUCUUGUUUUCAUUUAAUAACCGUUCACCCUCAUCAAGGAAGCUAAAAACAGUAAUAUAUUUACCCAAUAUUUAGAUGAACCGGUAUUGUUGUACAGUGUCACCGAUGGUUCUCAUCAACCCUUCAUAUACAAAUUAAUUUUGUGACGUGGAAGAGUGUAAGGGGAGCUUAGUAACUGUACAUACUGGUACACAUGACAGAGCAUUUUAAAGAGACGUAGCACUUUUCUUUGGAGCCAGUGUUUUUUUUGUGUUAGAAAGAGCUCCCUGCAGGAUUCUUGUAGCGAUAAAGUCCCUAAUCAGGGAUUUGAUCGGCAUAUUAAGCCCACAGAGAUGUUAAACCACUCAAGUGAACACGCUGUUGCAGCUAAAGGCUCCGCACCAAUCUGAUCAGUACAGAGAAGGAGGGAAUCUGAGAAGCGUUACGAAACAAACUGGGGUUUCAUAGGAAAACGGUUUUGGAUCAGAGUUCUCAUCCAUUGCCGAGUUCUCAAUACAAAGACCUCUCCCAUGCCAAAAUUGGUUGGAGACCAAUUUAUAUGAAAGUGUUUUAGUAACUAGAUGUGUGUCUGUUUGAAACUUGACCAUGUGCUUUAAAAUGAAGAGGUGACUGUAAAAGCUUAAGCGAUUCUUUUUUUCUUCUAUCUGUAAAAGCAACACAAAAAAGUAGUUUAAAUUAGGACAGAAGAGUACCUUAUUUAUUUUUUCACAUAGCUUUAUUUAUUAAUACUAAACUAUAGUUUGAGUUUUUCUUUUUUGAAAAAUUAACUAGUGGUAGCCAAAGCUGCUGUACAUUGUAGACUAUUUACCAUUUCUAUCUGCUAUAUCCUAUACCACCUUAUUUAUUUUAUUGUUGCAAAACCUGUAAAUAUGUUUCCUAGCUGAUGAUGAACUGUAACAUUUACACUUAAUUUGAAAAAUAAAUGUUUGAACCAAAGCG